AUGAAGAAGAUUGAAGAGGAAAUGAUUGGGUUGGGACCAGAUCAUGCUGCACUUCUGGAGCAGUUGCAUGCUACUAGGGCGACUGCGAAAGAGAGGCAGAAGAACUUGGAAAAAAGCAUUAGGGAAGAGGCUCGACGGCUGAAAGAUGAGACUGGUGAAGAUGGUGUCCGAGAACGCAGGGGGUUUGCUGAUAGAGAUGCUGAUGGUGCUUGGUUGAAAGGGCAGGGGCAAAUACUUGAUCUUGACAGCCUUGCAUUUCACCAAGGUGGUUUGCUAAUGGCAAAUAGGAAGUGUGAGCUGCCACUGGGAUCUUAUAGAAAUCACAAGAAAGGUUACGAAGAAGUUCAUGUACCUGCUUUGAAGCCAAAGCCAUUGGCUGCGGGUGAAAAACUUGUAAAGAUAUCUGAAAUGCCGGACUGGGCACAAGCAGCUUUUGAAGGGAUGAGAGAGUUGAACAGGGUCCAAAGAAAAGUUUAUGAAACUGCUGCACUUCAGUGCAGAAAAUGUCUUAUUAUGUGCACCUACUGGGUCAGGAAAGACCAAUGUUGCCAUGCUCACCAUACUUCAGCAGCUUGCAUUGAAUAUGAAUGA